AUGAGCCAACAACUUUUACCAUUUCUAUUUCAAUUACGAGACGAUGUGGAAAAUUUUGUUCAACAUUUUUUCAAGGAUUACGAUAUGUUACAGUUGUGGAGAGAAGAAGCAACAGAAAAGGUGGCUGAAAACUUGCACCAUAACGAGCGUCACAAAAGAUCAAUUCACAUCUGGUCGCCAAUAUUAAUGCGGAUAAGAGUCACACAUAUUCGAAUAGCUUCAAAAUAUGGACGAUAUUUGAUAAGAAUUUCACAUAGAAAUGUGAGUGAAUUGUUCAAAAGCCAUCGACAUGCAAGUUUCAAUGCUAAUAAUCCAAAUAAACAACAAUCUGAAAUGAUUGUUUGUGAUAACGAAAUUGGGAAGAGAAUGAAUGGAGAUAAAACGAGUAGCCAUACAAAACAUCAAAAAUAA